UUGGUCAAUUAUGGACUCGGUGGAAUCAUCAUUGGGGAGCGAUAUGGGACUGCUGGUGGUAACAGCGUCGUUUGCAGUAGUAGUUGGAUUGGUGGUGUUGUUUGUGAAGAAGAGAUCAUCAAGUGAUCAUCCAAGUAAUGAAGUGAAGCCCCCAGUGGUGGUGGAAAAGGAGAUAGAGGUUGAACAUGGAAAAGUUAAGGUUACUGUGUUUUUUUCUACUCAAACUGGUACUGCUCAAGGCUUUGCUAAGACUUUAGCUGAGGAGGUAAAGGCAAGAUACAAGAAAGCCGUUGUGAAAGUUGUUGACAUGGAGGAUUAUGCUGUUGAUGAUGAUCAGUAUGAGGAGAAACUGAAGAAAGAAACCUUAGCAUAUUUCUUGGUGGCGACAUAUGGGGAUGGGGAGCCUACUGACAAUGCCGCGAGAUUUUACAAGUGGUUUACUGAGGGGCAAGAACGGGGCUUGUGGCUUCAACAGCUUUCUUAUGGUGUCUUUGGGUUGGGAAAUCGGCAAUAUGAACAUUUUAACACGAUUGGGGAGGUGAUGGAUGAAAAUUUAAGUAAACAAGGUGCUAAACGUCUUGUGCCUCUUGGCCUUGGGGAUGAUGAUCAGUGCAUUGACGACGAUUUUUCCGCUUGGCGAGAAAAAUUGUGGCCAGAAUUGGAUAAAAUACUCAAAGACAAGGAUGAUGCAAAGUCUGUAGCUACUCCAUCUACAGCUGCAGUUCCUGAAUAUCGUUUAGUUAUUCAUGAUUCCACUACUACAAGCUUUGAGGAUAAGCACACAAGCAUGGCGAAUGGAAACAUCUCAUAUGAUAUUCACAUCCAUGCAAGUAGAGUAAAUGUUGCUGUUCAAAGAGAGCUUCACAGACCCGAGUCUGAUCGUUCAUGUAUACACUUGGAAUUUAACAUAUCUGGCACUGGGAUUUCAUAUGAAGCUGGAGAUCACGUGGGUGUUUAUGCUGAAAAUUGUGAAGAAACUGUUGCGGAAGCUGCGAAAUUAUUGGAUCAGCCUUUAGACUUAUUAUUCUCCAUUCACAAUGACAAAGAGGAUGGUACAACUUUGGGGGGCUCAUUGCUGCCGCCUUUUCCUGGCCCUUGCACUAUGCGCGCUGCGCUUGCGCGUUAUGCAGAUCUUUUAAGUCCUCCUCAAAAGGCUUCUUUGAUUGCAUUAGCUGCUUAUGCGACCGAACCUAGAGAAGCAGAAAGGCUUAGAUUCUUGGCAUCUCUACAGGGCAAGGGUGAGUACUCUCAAUGGGUUGUUGCUAGUAAACGAAGCCUUCUUGAAGUGAUGGCUGAGUUUCCUUCGGCCAGACCACCUAUUGGUUUAUUUUUUGCAGCAGUCGCCCCUCGUUUACCCCCACGUUAUUAUUCUAUCUCAUCAUCUCCCAGAUUUGCUCCUGAUAGAGUCCAUCUGACCUGUGCUCUAGUUUAUGGUCCAACUCCCACUGGUCGAAUUCACAAAGGAGUAUGUUCGACCUGGAUGAAGAAUGCUGUUCCUUCAGAGACAAGCAACAAUUCCAGUUCUGCUCCCAUUUUUAUUAGGCCAUCUAAUUUCAAAUUACCUGCUGACCCUUCAGUUCCAAUAGUCAUGGUGGGACCUGGUUCUGGCUUGGCACCAUUUAGAGGAUUUCUGCAGGAACGAGCAGGCCUGAAGAAAGAAGGUGCUCAACUUGGCCCUGCUCUAUUGUUUUUCGGUUGUCGCAACCUCAGAAUGGAUUUCAUUUAUGAGGAGGAGCUCAACACUUUUGUAGAUCAAGGUGUAAUUUCAGAGCUGAUAGUGGCAUUUUCAAGGGAAGGGUCACAGAAGGAGUAUGUUCAACAUAAGAUGACGGAACAAGCCUCCCAGUUAUGGAGUUUAAUCUCCCAGGAGGGAUAUCUAUAUGUAUGUGGGGAUGCAAAAGGGAUGGCCAGAGAUGUACAUCGUACACUACAUACCAUAGUCCAGGAGCAGGAGAAGGUUGACUCAUCCAAAGCAGAGGCCGUUGUUAAGAAACUUCAGACGGAUGGAAGAUACCUCAGGGAUGUCUGGUGAUUAUUAAGGCACAUUCUAUCUACACCCAACCAUUUUUGUUCCUUUUUUUAA